AUGUGCAAAUCUGCUUUGUGUCUGGUGUGUGUUAGCUUGCUGUUAGGACCCUCUCUAAGCUGCUAUCAGUGCUUUGUUGAAGUGCAAGACAGUCUUCGCCUGUGUUGGGGUCACAUUUUGACUGAGCACAAUGUUAGAAAUGUGGACUCCUGCUUCAGGAAGCUGGACCGCAUUUUCAACAACCAUGAGAGAGUGAUUGAGGCUGGAAGAGUGGGUAAGGGCUAUGACAAACAACUGAAAGAACUUCUGGAUGGGGAGAUCCUGCCCAUGGUGGAAGAGUUCGACAAAAAGCGGAAUAAUGACACAGUGUAUGAGGAGAGGUUGCAGACAGCAGCAGACAAUUUCAUCGCAGCUGCCUCCAAACUGCCUAGAGGUGAGACAGGUCUCUGGAUGCCUCCCUCCAUGUGUUGUACUUUUAUGCACCCAUCAGGAUUUCAGAGUGCAGGUGCUGUAUACAACUGUAUUACCUGCCAAUAUGACUCCUGUGAACUCCCUCUUGACUGUCCAGUUAAAGAAGUUACAGCAAUGGAGAACAGCAGGAGCCAGAUGUGGUGUGAAGUGCCAUUUCACUUACCAGGAAAUAUCGAGGUGAUCUGGAGGUUUGCAGAAGAGGUGAAAACCCAGCAGGUGGAUCAGUUUAAAGAAGUUACUGCAGGCCUGGACACACUUUAUUCCAUCCCUUCCAGCAGCUUGCAGCAUGUGGGCACCUACCAGUGUGAGAUCUACUCAGGCCAACGCUCCAUUGUCAGGCUCUACUUCUAUCUCACAGUGACCCCCCAGGUUGUGGCCGGCCACACAGAGCUGCAGGAGAUAUUUGACCUGUCUCUGCUCCCAGGAGGGCGGUUUCUCCCUGCGCCUGCUGGUCCCCCCCACUCCCUCACCACCUCGCCACUGCUUCUCACCGCCUGUUUGACGGCUUUGCUUCUGCUGCUGUUCCUCUCCAUGGGAGCUCUGUAUUGGUCAGUAUUACCAGACCAAACAAGUCAUGCUGAGCAAGAAGAAGAAUAUUUAGGAUUGUGA